AUGUCCGAUAUAUCCCCAGAAUCCAUUGUCAUCCAGCUCCCCGACGAGCAUCCCCGGCUACCGCUCGACAUAGCCGAGAACAUCCUCUGCCGCCUCCCGGUGAAGACCCUCAAGCGCUUCCGGGCCGUCGAGAAAUCGUGGCGUGCCCUGAUCGACAGCGAGAGCUUCGCCAAGGCGCACUUCGACCGCUCUCUUGCUUCCAAGUCCAACCGGAACAUCAUCAGUGGUGUCUUCGGCUUCCACUCGAUGAAUCUCGAGUCUCUCAGCUGCCCGGUAGACAUGGACCCGCCGUUCGAGUACAACAACAAGGACGUCGACUCCACUUCGAGAUCCGUGAACGGCUUGGUCGUGGUCACGAGAGAGACCGAGCCUCCGAUUAUGUGGAACGUCUUCGCCAGAGAGCACAAGGUUCUGCCGAAGUGCCCGGUUAAAUUGGCACCCAGAUUGGCCAAUGCCUGCGAGAGCAUGUACGGGUUUGCCUAUGACGAGGAGAAUGACGACUAUAAGGUCGUCAAGGUCAUGUGGCAUAAAAAAAGGCCCUUGUCGGAGGAGUGGAUGUACAGCCUGAGGUCGGAUUCAUGGAGGAAAACCAAGGGCAUGAAGUACCAGAUGGGACACUGGCCCGUCCCCUUCCGAGGCGCUUUGCAUGCGCUCGUUGUCAAUGAUGACAUGAAGCUGAUGGGUUUCAACGUCAUGACGGAGACGAAUUUUGAGUUGCCGUUGCCCACGUUCGACUACGAUAUUGAGCGUCCUCAUUUGACGCUCGAGCUAUUCGACGGGACCAUGCUAGCUCUGGCAUGUGUGUAUGCUUCAAAGGUUGUGAUUUGGGUGAUGAGGGAGUACAGGGUGGCGGAGUCGUGGCAGGUGAUAUUCUCCAUGCCCAACACGCAGGGGCCCAUGUGGCCUCUUGCUCUCUCGAAGGACGGUGAGAAGAUACUCUUCAACUACCGUGGUACUCAAUUUGCCUAUUUUGGCGUGAGGGAGCAUAGUGUGCAGGACAUUGCCUUGCCAUAUAUUGUGUGGCCGAGACUUAUAGUGGAGACUUUGAUUUCCCCGCAUUUCUGGGACAAGAGGAAAACUUUGGAAGAAAACUCGACGAAGGAGCAGAAGAAGAUUGGGGGUAAGGGGAGCAAGGGCAGGAAGAAGAAGGAGAGCAAGACAAAGGGGAGUAAGGAUGACCAUGACCUCUCAGCUGCAUUCAACUCGGUUCUUUGA